CGUCACAUUCUGUCUCUCCUAUUAUUUGUAAUAAAAAGCUCAAAACCAGUUACGCUAUUAUAAGGUUGGGUAACAUGGCGGGCGGUAAUUUACGAAUCACUCUUUUGACUUUAACAAUUUUCUUUACUUGGAAUUGGAUUGAUUGUUCCAACCAUGAACCAAAUAUGGCACCUGGUCGUACCACCAUAGUCCAUCUUUUUGAGUGGAAAUGGAACGAUAUAGCUAUAGAAUGCGAACAGUUUUUAGGCCCUUAUGGAUACGGUGGUGUUCAGGUCUCCCCUCCCAAUGAAAAUGGGAUAAUUGUGUCUCCUUUCUGGAAUUCGGAGAUCAAAAGACCCUGGUUUGAAAGAUACCAGCCUGUCAGUUACAAGCUUGUUACCAGGAGUGGAAAUGAACAGGAAUUCAGAGAUAUGGUCAGAAGAUGUAAUAAUGUCGGCGUCAGAAUUUAUGUAGACGCUGUAAUCAAUCACAUGACUGGUAAUAUAGGAAGAGGACAUGGAACGGCUGGAAGUUUCUUUGACCCAGAUGCACCACAAUACGAUGGAGUUCCUUAUGGUGCUGGAGAUUUCAAUGGUCGAGAUAAAUGCCCAACAGGCUCUGGAGAUAUAGAAAAUUACAAUGACAAAGUUCAGGUCCGUAAUUGCAAACUAUCUGGACUUCAUGAUUUGGAUUUAGGCAAAGAUUAUGUGAGAGGAAAAAUCGCUGGGUAUUUGAACAAUUUGAUAGAAAUAGGUGUUGCAGGUUUUCGAGUUGACGCCGCAAAGCACAUGUGGCCUGAAGAUUUGAGAAAUAUUUUUGGCCGAUUGAAUAACUUAAAUGAAUUUCAUUUUCAACCUGGUACAAGACCAUUCAUCUACCAAGAAGUGAUAGACUUAGGAGGCGAGGCUAUCAAGUCUGAUGAAUACACGAAUUUCGGUAGAGUUACUGAAUUUCGAUUUGGAAAACAUUUGGGUGAUGUCAUUCGGAAGAAUUUCAACCAGCAACUGAAGUUCCUGAAAAAUUUUGGGGAAGGCUGGUCUUUCGUCUCUGGGUCAAACGCCCUCACCUUUGUUGAUAACCACGAUAAUCAACGCGGUCACGGUGCCGGAGGUUAUGGCAGUAUCCUAACCCACAAACAAUCCCGAAUGUACAAGAUGGCCGUGGCCUUCAUGUUGGCCUGGCCCUAUGGAGUGCCUAGGGUGAUGAGCAGUUUCAGCUGGACUGAGAACAUAGUGAAUGGCAAAGAUAAGAAUGACUGGAUUGGGCCACCUCAUGAUGAUAACUACAACAUUAAAGACGUAAAGAGGAAUCCCGAUUUGACUUGUGGAGAUGGCUGGGUAUGCGAGCACAGAUGGCGUCAAAUAUUCAACAUGGUUCGAUUCCGAAACGUGGCUGGUAUGGAAACAGUUCAGAACUGGUGGGACAAUGGAUAUCACCAGAUAGCCUUCAGCCGAGGAAACAAAGGAUUUUUUGCAAUGAACAAUGAAGGCCAUGCUAUUAAUCAAUCUCUCCAGACUGGAUUGCCCCAAGGAACAUAUUGUGAUAUAAUAUCCGGUAACAAGGACGGAAAUCGUUGCACUGGACGAUCGGUGCAAGUAGAUGGAUCUGGUCGUGCACAGAUUGCGGUGGAUAGUACUUGGGAUGAUCCCAUGAUUGCAAUUCACAUUGAGGCUAAACUUUGAGAAUAUUUGAAGAGAUGAUUUAUGAUUGGAUAAUUUGAAUCAGACACCAUUUCCUAUUGGAUUUGUAUAUCAGUAUAUAAUAUAUGCAUGAUUUGUUUUAUGUAUAGUUUUUUUUUAGUUGAAAUAAAAUGUUUCAUCAGAAGAUUAUUUUAUAAAAAA